AUGGCGUGCGAGCCCCAGGGCAGGCUCGCGCGGGGCCCUGCCCUGCCCUGCUCUGCCCCGGUGCCUUUUUCCCACCCCUCCGAAACCUACGCCUUUCGCCUUUCCCCACCGGUUUUCACUCUGCUGCCCAAAGCACUGGUUUCAUUUCUGCCGUCCAAGUUGGAGCAAGGAGAAGAGGAAGAGUUUGCAGUGCCGUACCGCGGCCGAGGAAGGGGCCCCUCCUCGCCCCGCUGCGUCGGCGAGAGAGCACCAGAUGCCGUCGCUUGGCCUCAGAUGAAACGCCCGCUAAACACUGCUGCCAGCGGGCUGCUGGACAGCCCCACCUCGAUCACCCCGCCGCCCAUGCUGAGCGCCGACGACCUGCUGGGCUCCCCCACCUUGCCUGACUGCGCCAGCAACCCCUUCACCUUCUCCAGCCAGGAGCUGGUCAGUCUCUUCGCCCCCAGCAUGGGGGUGCAGGUGCCCAGCGGGGGCUCCCCCACUGCGUUCUUGUUCAGGCCCAUGUCCGAGUCCCCCAGCACGUUUGACUCGCCGCCCAGUCCUCAGGACUCCCUCUCCGACCAGGAGGGCUAUCUGAGCAGCUCCAGCAGCAGCCACAGCGGCUCGGAUUCGCCUGUCCUGGACACCUCAAGGCGUCUUCCCAUCUUCAGCAGACUCUCCAUCUCCGACGACUAAUCUGGGGUUUCCUCUUGCUCCCCCCCACCUCUAUUACAAUGUUAAGCUGAACUCCCCCACCCCGUUCCCCAGUCCAAGCUGGAUGUUAACAUGUCCACCUGCCUGUCGUAGACCCACUGGCUUAAACCUUAAGUGCCAAAUUACGAUGAAAAGCAAUAACGUUUACAAAAUUAGUGCCUUUAACACUUUCACUGUGACUGUAUUUACCUCUCCAGCUGCAGAGGGCACCAGCAGCUCUGUGCACUUCCAGAUGUGCAGGAAAUGUCCGGAUCCAGCUCCCUCCACUGGCCAUGUACUGCAUCGCCCUCUCCCAGUCCCUUCCCGACUGGCCAGUUUCCGCUAGGCUUCAGGCAUGUGGACAACCGUUAACAUCCAUUCCUCUCUCUCUCUCUCUCUCUCUUUUUCCCCUUUAAAGACUAAUCUUGCCUGGAUCUGCUCAGGUCUGCAGGAAGAAAAGCUGAGAAUGGACAAAGAUUGUAACAUGAGUGGGACUUUGACUGGGAGGAAAAAAACAAAAACGAAAACCAGAUGGACUAUGAGAGACUUGAUUUUGGUGCUAAAAGUUCCCCGUGUAUUCAUGUGACAUCUUAAAACAAAUAAAGAAAUAGAGGGGGUGGGGCCGACGGAAGUCAUUCCACACACAAGUUCGUGUAAACAAAGUUCCAGUAGACAUAGCUUUAAUGGUUUUGCUCUAGAAUACUUUAGACCUAUCUUAGAGCACUCACGCCAAGCUUUUUAUUAUUUUUUUCUGGGUUUUUAAUUUUGUAUAACUUUUCAGAAAUUGGAGAGCAAAUUUUGCUUGUCACUGCACAACAAUAUAAAAAAGCUUAUUUAACUUAUCAAAACGUAUUUAUUGCCGAAACCUAUGCUUUUUUGUUAAUUUUGUUCAUAUUUAUCGGGAUGAUGAAUCCAUAGAAUAUAUUCUUUUAUGUUUAAAUUAUGAUCUUCCAUAUUAAUCUUAAGAUUGUGAAGUGUCUUUUUUCCUUUUUUCCCCCACAGUUUAAUAUAUUAUACUACAAUGACAUUUUUUGUAACUUUACACUUUUUUGGUUAUUUUAUUUUAAAAAAUGAAAAAUUAAUUUAAAAAAAUGCAAAAACUGUGUUUGGAUUAUUUAUUUUAGAAUUUCCCCCUCCUUUUUUUUUUGUGUUGGACUGCAAAUUGAGUUAAUGUGCUUCUUUGCCUUUCCUCUUCUCCUCUUCUUCCCCUCUCCCUGGGUCUUGCAUACCCGGGCAUUCUAAAGAAUGUACAUACCGGAGCUCUGUUGUGAGACAGUUUGGAAGGAAGACAUUUCACUUCCUUUUUUUGUACAAAUUCUUCAAGGAGAAAAGCCUUUGGCUUAAAGUGCCUAUCUGAAGACAUUCCAAAUACAGUUUGUCUUUGCAUUUCUGUAUUGCAAGUUUGGAGUUUACCUUGCUGAGGUGAAUGGGACUGGCACAAAGAAUAAUGAAUGUAAUCUCUCUUUUUUUUUUUUUUUUCUCCCCUGUUACUGUUCACUACAUUGCCUUUUUCUUCCUCUCUGUGUGAGUUUAUUUAAAAGAGAAUCUCUUUUGUAACGACUGUUUGCAGUUUAAAUCAAUAAACCCCAAGUUUUUUCAAGAAA